CUCUGUAAAGUGUAUAGCAUUUUCCUAGAAAAUGUUGAUCAAAGCAGUCCAUUAUCUUCUCUACUUUGCCUGCAUCUACGUGCUCUCUCAUGCUGAACCUAUCAUUUCACAGCCCCAGUCCUUUGCUUCUUUCAAGAUCAACAACGACACCACCCAGAAUGAGGGGAGCUGUGUUUACACGGUCACUAUAUCAACAAGCUGUUCAUCCAUCUCAGCCACACGUGACCGCAUCAGCCUAGCAUUUGGUGAUGCUUAUGGAAUUCAGGUGUAUGCACCCAGACUGGAUGAUCCAUGGAGCAGUACCUUUGAGAGGUGUUCUGCUGACUCGUUCCGGGUGAAGGGACCAUGCACCCACCAGAUCUGCUAUGUAUAUCUGUAUAGAACUGGCCGGGACGGUUGGAAGCCAGACACUGUGAAGAUCUUCGGCUACUAUUCAAAGCCUGUAACAUUCUAUUUCAGAGCUUUUCUUCCUGGUGGGAUUUGGUAUGGGUUCAACUACUGUUCAUCUGCUUCUUCUUCCUCUUCUUCUUCUUCUUCUUCUUCUUCUUCUUCAGCUUCUAAAUAAACCAAGGAGUGCACAGUGUCUGCUUUUAUGUAAUUUUGGAGCUUGUUUGGGAGAUGGGAUUUGAUUUGCAUAGAUUUCAGUGUGAAUAGUUUUGUGGGUUACAGUGUAGUUAUCAUCCUUUCUUGCCUCCAUUUUCAGCAAAAUCUUAAUGAUGAGAUCUAGGAUGAAAUCUGAGCCA